AUGGUAUACCCAGAUGGGGUUCAAUACGGGCGUGCUGGAGGAGCUCAGCUGGACGCGCCAGCUCGGGGCUGGAUUUGGGGGCUGCAGGAGUACAAAGGCCGUUUAGCAUCAACCCUAUCCAACUACCAGACGUGCCGGAAAUACGGAGCAAACUUCAUAAUUCUGCCUCACGAUAUCUGGGGCACUGACCACGCGAACUCUUCGACAGUAUGGCCCGGCGACGACGGCGACUGGUCCGACUAUGACCUCUUCGUGAGAACUUUGAUGGCCGAUCUGAAGGCGCAUGGUGCUCUCGACGGGCUUGUUUGGGACAUCUGGAAUGAACCAGACAUCCAGAUCUUCUGGGUCCGCUCCCAGCAGCAAUGGAUCGAUUUGUACAUUCGAACACACAAGAUUCUUCGCGAGAAUGCCGACUUUGAUCGAGUUCAACUCUCAGGGCCUACGCUGGCUUAUCGCCCAGUGUCUGGCAACAGCUGGUGGGCCAGCUGGCUCGCCCAGAUUGCAGGCAACGAUACUAUUCCAGAACAGUACGCCUAUCACCUGGAAGGAUAA